UGAUACUGAUGAUAGUAGUCGACUAGGCCGGGCAGGAACAAACGAGCAGAACCAGAACGAGCACAGGAGCAGAGCAAGAGCACAGACGCUGGCAGGCUGAGCAGAAUUUCUAGAGAAAAGUGUGCUACAUGCGGUUAGCCGGUUACAUAACUAUCAAAGUAGAGUGACUGAUUGCGAGACGAACGCCAUCAGCGAACAGAAGAUAAAAUAAAGAGAAACAGAAACAGACCGACUGAGCACGAGCAGUGGGAGCCAGUGGCAGCAGAAACAGGAACAGGCAAUCAUAGUAGACUCGUCCGGCGGACAGGCAGCAAUCGAUCUGAUUGACAAAUUACUCAAACCCUCUUUUCAUCCUUCAUCUUCAUCACUCGACACUGAUAAAUUUGAUCCACUGAAGGAUGAACACGCCAAUGAGAGGAAUGUCUGGCCUCAAACGCCCAUCUCAAAAAAGUAAUAUAUAUGAUGGAAAUAUUGAUGCUGUGCCCUAUGGUGGCAAGAGUGAAAAAAAUUCAAAUCUUCCAGAAGAAGCUGUAAACAGUUAUGUGCUGAAUUGCGGAGCUAUGUCAGAUGAUGACAUGGAAUCUGACGAGGGUCAAGAUGAAACAAUGUCGUCCCAAGAAAUGAAUGAAAGUAAGAAGCAGAGGGGACGCAAGAGAAAAAUAUCCCAUUCGACCCCUGUUCCUGCGAAGGUGACAAAGAGAUUUGAUGUUGGCCAACUUGUGUUUGCCAAAAUCCGUGGAUAUUCAUCUUGGCCUGCAAGGGUUGAAGAAGUGAUUGAAGAUUCUUCAAAGGGCAACAAAGCUGAGACCUGCAAAUACAGAGUUUUCUUCUAUGGGACUCACGACAAUGGAUUUUGCCGAGCUGCUGAUAUGUUCCCAAGCACUGAGGAGACCAGAACUGAGAUGAAGAAGCUUUAUCGGAGAAUUUCGUUGCUGAAGGCCAUUCAAGAAAUGGAGGAGUUGCCAGAUAAGGGGUUUGAACCUCCUGAGGAGAAGAAAAGCAUCAGAGUCAAGCAGGAGGCAAAGCAGACGAAUGUCACCAAUGAAGCUGCUGUCAAGAAAGUGAAACCAUUGCCACGGAACAAGUUCACUUCGAGGGAAUAUUUCUUUGGCAAUUGCUAUGAGGAUGCUUUUCCACACCGAGAAGAACUUGAGAAAACAGAUUUGAAACGAAUCUUUUACCCAAGGGAGCCUCGUGAGGAAGGUGCUGAAGAGCAUGACAUUGAAGAUAUUUCUGAAGAGGAGUUUGGGAAAACUCUUAAAAGGGUGGAACAGGCAGUUGAAGGUAUGAAGUCCUGGCCAGCUGCUUUACGAGAGAAGGUAGAUUGCUCAAUGCCGAGAGACCCGAGAAAGUUGAUUGUGGAAUUUGUGGAGAAAUGUCUUGAAUUAGACAGAUGAAGAUAUGAUAGACUAAAACAUUUUGAGUAGGAUGAACAAGGUGGUUAAUUUUUUUCUGGAGAACAAGAUUUAAAGUUGUCUUUCUCAAAUUUGCAAACAAUUGUUCUCUAUUGCGUAAUUUUAAUUGUUGGUGAUCAAACCGAGAAUACGUGAACAAUCUUAUUGUGUUUUCCGAAUUUUUGUUAUUCACUUGAUGUAAGGAAAGUUAAAGAAUCCGCUAUGCUGACUGAUUGUAGAAGUCAAUUUCGAAUACUUCCUCUUGAAUGACGUUUAUAGUUAAAAAGAUUAGGAUCUGGCAAUCCUGUUAACCCUAAAAAUGCUAUUCUCAUGAAGGGUAAUAGGAAUUUAGGCCCAAUGUCUGAACCUGAUAAAUACUGUAUUAUUUUUAUUGUGUAAUUAUUGAUGAAUAUCCAACAGCAACGAAUCUUUAUCAUUAUAAAAAUCCCAAUCUUCAUUUAUAUAAAAUGUCUAAAAUGUUAUCCUAAACUGAGUAUCAAACAUGUUGUUUGACUUUUUCCGAAAGUAUGGCAGACUCA